CUGAUGCACCGCUCAGUGCGUCCAUUCAAGCCGAAGUGGUAGAUUUCCUGGAGUCCGAAACUGCAUGCUCAAGGGAAGGCAUAGGCUAAACAAAAAAACGGAUGUAUAUUUGGAGCAACAGUCAGAGAGGAAGGGCAGAUCUUAAGUUUUACGCUGUGUGACAACGGAGAGUUAAUUCCUCUGGAGACAAUGCAUGGAUUAAAAGCGGUAACAGUGAAAUCAAUGGGCUGCUGUUAACCUGGAGCGCUUGCCCACUGCUGUGGAGGGAGUCCAGCUUGGCAGGAGGGCCAGGCUGAGGUAGUCAUGGAGAUGGAGCGGUACCUGUGGGAGAGCUCGGAGGUGCCCCCCAAUGCCACAAACUGCACUGACGUGCCGACGGGGGCAGUGUUUCGAGUCCCCAUGGUGACCGAGAGGCUCGUGGUGGUGGUCCUCCUGGGGGUUUUGACCUUGCUCACGGCACUGGUCAACAUAGCGGUGAUCACAGCCAUUUGCACGACCAAGAAGCUCCACCUGCCCGCUAACUACCUCAUCUGCUCGCUGGCCAUCACCGACCUCCUGGUGGCCAUCCUGGUGAUGCCCGUCAGCGUAGUCUACAUCACCAUGACGACGUGGGCGCUGGGCCAGGCGGUCUGCGAGGUGUGGCUGAGCGUGGACAUGACCUGCUGCACCUCCUCCAUCUUGCACCUGUGCGUGAUCGCGCUGGACCGCUUCUGGGCCAUCACCAAAGCCAUCGAGUACGCGCGCAAGAGGACAGCCCUGCGGGCCGCCGCCAUGGUCGCCGCGGUGUGGGUCAUCUCCGUCUUCAUCUCGCUGCCGCCCCUCUUCUGGCGGCACCGCCACAAGGCCACCGUGGCCACCCAGUGCAUCAUCGAGCACGACCACGUGGGCUACACCAUCUACUCCACCCUGGGGGCGUUCUACAUCCCCAUGACCCUCAUCCUCGUCCUCUACUACCGCAUCUACAGCGCGGCCAAGACGCUGUACCAGAAGCGCGGCUCCUCCCGCCACCUCAGCGGCCGCAGCAUGGACAGCCAGCACUCGCUCGGCCACUGCCGCGUGGUGCACACCUUCUGCGUGUCCGACCUCUCCACCUCGGACCCCUCCAUGGAGUUCGACCGCUUCAAUGUCACCAUCCGCAUCCCUUCCUUUGAGGCCGACCUGGACGUGCCGGACGAGAGGAACCAGAUCUGCACCCUGCGGGAGAGGAAGGCGGCACGGAUCCUAGGGCUCAUCCUGGGGGCCUUCAUCCUCUGCUGGUUGCCCUUCUUCAUCAAGGAGGUCCUUGUGGGCCUGCGGCUGGUCAGCCCCUCUCCUCAGGUGUCGGACUUCCUCACCUGGCUGGGCUACAUCAACUCCCUCAUCAACCCACUUCUUUACACCAGCUUCAAUGACGACUUCAAGCUGGCUUUUAAGAAGCUGAUCAGGAGGAAAGGGCACGCAUAAAGCGUUUUGCAGACUUCUCAGUAGCUGAUAGAGUAAAGACUUUGAUUACAGGCUCUUAUCCCAGGGAGUAGGAGCAGAUUUUUGAAGAUGCAAAUUCUAAUGUUUAUGUAUGUAAUGUUUAUGUAUAUGACUGCACUUGAAGGAAUUUACAUAAGGCAACAUGUGCUGCACCCUAGAAGGCACAUUUGGCAUUGCUCUGUAAAAUGACAUGCUGGACACUGUUGUAUUUAAAAACAAUUUCCAUGGAGUGGGUCAUGUAGGACCUAGUGUUGUUUGUAAUGAAGCUCACUGAUGCAAGAAAGCAAGAUGCAAUGUACUACUAAACUAAACUACAAAGCAAUGUUUUGGCUUACACCAAGACUUUACUGUCAUAACAGGAUAUUUUCUAUUAAAACAUGUACAAAAGGAGUGUGAAUUACCUAUUAAGUAUGAUAAAUGAGUCCAAUAACCAGUGACAGGAAGGCUGUCACAGCCUGCCAGACUGGAAACAA